GAGAAGGUUCCGCGCGUAGAGACUCCGGACACAUUUAACGGGUGCACAUGUUGUAAGACGACGGGAAGCAGUCCUCCCCGGCUGCCUACUUCUUCUAUAGGAAGUCAACCGCUUUCCUCAUAACGAAAAUACCGGGAUAAGAGUUGAAGCCAUGGCUGGACCUGUCAGUCUGGAGUUGGAUCCCAUCUUUCUAAAGGGAUUGAGUUACCUGCACUCCAAGAGUAAAGACUCCGCUGAGAAGCUCAAAGCUUUACUGGAUGAGUCCCUUUCAAGAGGAAGUGACUCAACGUACCGCUCGCUACAGAAAGAUAUAGAGGUGUCCAAGGGGUCUGUGUCAAAACUGAGCUUAAGUAAACAGGACUCCAAGUCCUCUUCCAGUUCCUCAUCCUCCAGCAGCAGCAGUGGCAGUAGCAAAUCCAGUUCCGAAAAGAGCAAGAAAGAGGUAGAGAAGAGACCAAGUGAGAAGGUCAGGGUCGAGCUGGCUGACGUGGACCCUCCGAAAAAGCCUCGUUUGGAGAAACAGGAGAAUCGUGCCUCCCCAGUUACCGUUCAGACAAGCAAAGACCUCCUGCCGAACAUAAACGACUACGAUGAGACCAAUGCUGAUGACUUUGCCAUGGAAAUGGGCCUGGCCUGUGUGGUUUGCAGACAAAUGACAGUGACCAUGGGAAACCAGUUGGUUGAGUGCCAGGAGUGCCAUAAUCUGUACCACCAGGACUGUCACAAGCCCCAGGUGACAGACAAGGAAGUGAAUGAUCCUCGGUUGGUGUGGUAUUGUGCCCGCUGCACCAGGCAAAUGAAGCGUAUGGCCCAGAAACCUCCACAGAAACCAUCUCCUGCAUCUGCAUCAUCAGCGCCUAUUGUAAAAGACACGCUGGUGAAAAAGACAGAGCUUAAAGCCAAGCCUGACACAACCAGCACCUUCCAGGCCUUCAAAAGAGCAGAGGUGAAGGCAUCCACACCAUCAGCCAAUCCCACCAGCAGCAGCUCGACAUCUGCAGGCAGUGGUCUCACAGGCUGGGCCGCGUUUGGUGCCAAGACGAACACAUCUCUUCCUGCCAGCUCCAAACUAGGUUCCUCUGGCCCAAGCGGGAGCCACAAGAGCUUGUCGACUCCCUCUGGCCAGAAACCCGUCGGGCUGUCUGGACUUGCAGGUGCAAAGUCGGGAGUUGGGGGCUCAAAGAUACCUGGGAGCGGCAACGGAAACGGCUCCAGCCAGGUGCCUCUGAAACCUCCCCCACCCCUCACUCUGGGCAAGCAGCCAUUGAACCGCUCAUCGAGCGGUGAAGGCCAGGGGAAAGGGUCGACCUCAUCGGGCGGCGGCUCCCCGAGCAGCUCCCAGGCAAGUGCAGGAGGUAACGGAGGCAAUAAUGGGGGAGGCAAUGGGAACAAUGGGAACGGGUCAAAGGCUGCACCAGGGGACAAAGCACCAACAUCCCAGGAGUCCCAGCUUAAUGCCAUGAAACGUUUACAGCUGGUGAAGAAGAAGGCAGCGCAGAAGAAACUGAAGAAAUGAGCAGUGGGAGGAUCUCAGUGGGUGUGUGAGGGAGAAAAUAAGUAUGUGUGUGUGUGUGUGUGGAAUCAGUGCCAGAGUGUUGUUUGUAUAUCAAAAGCACCUGUACAUGAGAAACACCAUCCAGUCAAAUACUUGAAUCUUCCUUUUGUGUAAAUGCUGCUGGACUGUGUGUGCCUCGUCCUGUCCUAUCCAAUGAGAAAGUGACUGUCACUGUUUAUAUUGAAACCAUCAAUAAAUCUCCUUCUUACAAAAUGAA